AGAAUCUUUGAUUUUAGCUUAGUAGUAUCUGCCUAACUAUAGGUUAUUUUCUACAUAGCUCGAGUGGACAAUGUAGUGUGAAAUGAUUUGUUCACAGCACAGUCCAUAGCAUCGAUCGCAAAUCUUAUCAGUAGGUAAUAGUAGCAGAUAAGUUUCGUACAAUUUCUGUAUUUACAACCUGACUGGUCCCUCCAACCUCAAAACGGUUAGUUUAUAUUUAAACGUGUAACCAUCAGGUCUAGUUUUUUAAAAAUGGGUGCAAUAAGGAGCUACUUUAAACAACAGUUUCAAUAUCGGAUGUGGACGUUACAAUACGAAACAUCAUCGGAUUUCUACUUAAGUUGCUUUCAAAGAAAUUUUUCAGCAUUACCUCUAUUGCUUAUCAGGGGGAUCCUAUUUAUUGGGUGUUUAGCCAUAGUGUUAGCGUCGAUUAUUCUAACGUCACAACUCGGCGCUGGGCCAUAUUGGCCGAUAUAUUUAACCCAUUGGGGUCUUCUGUUUAUAACUUUUGCAAGUGGUUUUGGAUUUGCAGUUUCAUAUGUAGCACACUUCCAAGGAUCCAUUGAUGAUACGUACGGACUGCCAUGGUACGUCAAAGUUUACUGGGUGAUGUAUAACAUAGCGAUCUCAUUGGCAUUCUUCAUCACCAUUUUCUACUGGAUAUUUUUAGCUAAUGCCGAUGAAGAUUUCGCCGUAGACCCGACCCUAGACUACUUCAUACACUUAGUGAACAGUAUUCUGAUGCUAGUCCUUCUGCUCACCGCCCGCCAGCCAUGCAAUGUGCUGCAUUUCUACUUCCUCAUCAUACUUGCUGCCGUCUAUGUCAUAUUCACUGCGAUAUAUUACGCUGCUGGAGGAACCGAUCCGUUUGGACAUAACUUCAUAUACCCUGUACUGGAUUGGUCCAACCCGGGCCCUGCGGUGAUUAUGUUGAUCAUUUCACUCGCCAUGGUGACUGUGAUCCACUUCAUCACAGUAUUACUGAGUCUAGCCAGGGAUGCCAUCGGUCGUUGUUCUCGAAACGAGAAUACAUUUGACCUCGCCUAUUAAUACUCUCAAAAACAAUACUUAUGUGUUUAUGUUUAUGUAUUUUUACUCAAAUAACCAAUUUUGUUAUUUGCAGCAAGUAGUAUAUAAAUGUUGAUUAGCUUUAGGAAUAACGUAAAUAACGUAAAAUCUCACUGUUACUAUCGUGUUAACGUAAACGCGAAUUUCUAAGAAAUUGAAACAGCGCCAUCUAGUGGCACUACUGGACAACUGUUUCAAUUCCAUAUGAAUUCGCGUUUACGUCAACGCGAUAGUAACAGUAUGCAAAUAUUGAAAACUCCCACUAGGCACACUGACCUGCCUUCCGAUCCGGUGGGGGUCUUUACAAAUAAUCAAAUUGGACGUUUCAAAAGGCCUACUUGAAAUAAAAAAAUUGACACUAUUAGCCUAUCGCAGAUACGCAAGAUAGGUUUCUCAUAUGCAUUGUGCAUGUGCUUGCUAUACGAGUAUAGGUACACAGCAAAUCUAAUUAAGUAACCGCUCCAGAAGCUCUCUAUUCAGAGCUCUGUCUGAACAAGGACUUUUCCAUUAGCGUUCAUUCACACAAGCAGCAACUGCUACCGACGACAGCAGUCGGCAAUGUCUCAGCGGCAGUCGACGGCAGUCAACUUCAGUCGACUGCAAUCGGCGACGUCUCAACGACAGUCGACGGCGGUCGCCGACUGCAGUCGACUGCCGUUGAUUGCCGUCAAUGUAAAUGAACCCUUAUGUACAGACUACAGUUUGUGUCUACUUCUUGGUGCCUAGCCGUGCACUGUGCUAUCUGUGUUUAUCUAGUAACAAAGAAAAUAUAAUUUUAUAGAAUCUACAAUGAUUACUUUAGAUAUAGUAUACGUGAAUUAUUAUGUCAUCAUUAUAAUAUUUUUAUUAAUUCAUAACUUGAGAUAUGAGUCUAGAUAAAAAUAUUUAUAGAGAAUGGCUUCCUUAUGAUUUUAUUUAUUAUCUACUAUAACGGUCUUAUACGAUAUUAUAUUUUUAAGUUAAGUAUAAAUUGUGAGCGAAAUACAUAUAUUUAACUUAAUUUAGUUUUGGAACUUCGUAUUUCACGAUGACUACAAAAAUUUAUUUAUAUGUAGUACAUACAGUAUUUCAGGUAAAUCCGUAAAAUUAAAAUUUAAAGUUAACUAUUUUUGAACGGUUUAAGUUGUCUAAUACGAUUCUUUCAGGGAAUUUCCCGAAAUAGUUUGACAAAAUUUUCAAAAAAUUGAGUUUUUCAUAUUAGCUCUUAAAGGCCAAUGAUUGGAAUAACUGACUUAAUGUUCUCGAGAAAGCACCUUGUCUGAUAUCAGACAGAAGAAGGCUUAGAACUGCCCUAUCUAUGACCACAAAACUGAUGUUUGCUACAACUCCAUUAUUCGACGCUAACCCUGAAGACAUUCCCGCGAGUCAUUUUGUGAAUCUAACCCUAAAAGAAAACUUUUUCUCCAAACCUCAGAUUAUUAUUGAACAGUAUAUAAGUCCCAAACCUAACGUUAUGUAAUAGGCUAUAGCUAAUGUAUAGCUAUGACGUCAUAACAAUAUAAAUAUGGCGGAUACGGCACGCCAAUUGACGUCGUUUGAAGGCUACUAGGAGCAUGCUGGUUACUGCUCUUUAUAUGUAUGCCCUGACCAUAUUGCCUAUUUUUUACAGUACUUAUCUGGACUUCCAAAUAUUUGUAUUAAGUAUAAUUUUGUAUUAUAAUUUACACGUACAAUGGGUACUAUCUUUUACUUGUAGUUUCGAAAUAACGAUUAAAAAUUACACACAUAAAUAAAUAAAUGAAUGAACAUGGAAUUUUUAUAAAUACAUAACCUAUUAUUAUGGAAAUUUAAAUAUUUGUAGGUAGCUAUUUAGUUACAAUUAAUUAUUAUCAAUUGUAUAAUAACACUAUCAUAAUUAAUGUGAAUAUUAGUGUAAAUAUUAUAAGAAUGAGAUUUUUAGACAU